AUGUACACCAAUAAUCACAUUUUGCUUUCUCUCUUUUGUUUAUCCAUUCUUUUCCACGUCAAUCAUGUUGUUGGUGGCAAGCCAGAGUCAUUAGUUUUGACUUGUGGUUCAAAAGAUGGUGGCAAAGAUGUUGAUGGUCGGUUAUGGGAACCGGAUACCAAGUACCUCUCUGGAGAUUUCGCGAAGAACUCGAUUACAUCCACUGCUUCAUACCAAGACCCUUCUAUUCUUUCUCCUGUUCCAUACAUGGAUGCAAGGAUUUUCACAUCAGAAGUGUCUUAUACAUUCCCUAUCAAAUCCAAUACGCGUUAUUGGGUUCGAUUCCAUUUCUAUCCAUCUGUUUAUACCAAUCUCAACAUUGAUGAUUCCUAUUUCUCAGUUAUUGCUGGCGGUGUAACUCUACUUAAAAAUUUCAGUGCAUCCAUAACAGCACAAGCCCUUACACAAGGUUACCUUGUUAGAGAGUAUUCUCUGGCUCCUGUUGACUCUCCUGUUCUUAACAUCACCUUCAAGCCCUCUGAUAGGCAAAAUGCGUUCGCAUUUAUUAAUGGAAUUGAGUUGAUAGCAAUGCCUGACAUGUUUGAUUCGGCACUCAUGGUUGGUUUUUCUGAUCAAUCAUUCGAUACCAAGAUGGCGCACGCGCAAACAUUGUAUAGACUAAAUGUUGGUGGACAGUACAUUGGACCUUCAAAAGACUCUGGUGGUCUUGGAAGGGCUUGGUAUGAUGAUUUGCCUUACGUAUUUGGUGGUUCGUUGGGUGUCAAUCUUCUGGCAACCGAUAAAUUUCACGUACAGUACAAAGAUUUGCCAGAGUAUAUAGCUCCUGUUGAUGUUUACAAAACCGCUAGAGCCACAGGUCCGAACAGUAACCUCAACAUUAAAACCAACAUGACGUGGUUGUUCCAGGUUGAUGCAAACUUCACCUAUAUUGUGAGGCUACAUUUCUGCGAACUCCAACUCUCGAAAAUCAAUCAACGAGUUUUCAACAUUUACAUCAACAAUCAGACAGCACAGAGUGAGCUCGAUAUAAUUGCAUUGACAGGAGAAAAAGGAGUGCCAACGUAUAAAGAUUACGCGGUUUUUGUCAACGAAAGGGAAGGAGAUGAGAAGAUGCAGCUCCAAAUGAGUCCUUCAGAUGCUUCAAAGCCGGAAUUUCUUGAUACACAAGUUAAUGGAAUAGAGAUAUUCAAGGUAAGUGAUGGCAGCAAAAACUUGGCAGGUCCUAAUCCUGUACCAUCUGAUAUGCUUCUUAAGUAUGAGCAUGACAAUCCAAAGAAAGAUUUUGAUGACUACAACAAAUCCAACGCGGGUGUGAUUGGAGGAGCUGCGGGUGGUGCAGCUGCAUUUGGUCUAGUGUGUGCACUCUGUGUUGCUGUUUACCAAAGAAAGAAGAGAGUCCCAGGAACGGAGUCUCAUACUUCUAGUUGGUUACCAGUCUAUGGUAAUUCUCACACAUCAGCAAGCAAAUCAACAAUUUCUGGGAAGAGUAAUGCAAGCAGCCACCUAUCAUCACUGGCUCAAGGCCUUUGUCGCCACUUCUCGUGGACGGAGAUGAAACACGCCACCAAGAACUUCGACGAGUCUAAUGUUAUUGGUGUUGGUGGCUUUGGGAAGGUGUACAAAGGAAUCAUUGAUGGAGGUGUCAAGGUUGCCAUUAAAAGAUCAAACCCACAAUCAGAACAAGGAGUCAAUGAGUUCCAGACAGAAAUCGAGAUGCUUUCGAAGUUAAGACAUAAGCAUUUGGUGUCUCUGAUUGGGUUUUGUGAGGAAGACAAUGAAAUGUGCUUGGUCUAUGACUACAUGGCACUUGGUACCUUAAGAGAGCAUGUUUACAAUUGUAAGAAAUCACAUCUUUCAUGGAAGCAGAGAUUGGAGAUUUGCAUUGGAGCAGCAAGAGGACUUCACUACCUUCACACUGGUGCUAAGUACACAAUCAUUCACAGGGAUGUCAAGACCACAAACAUCCUCUUGGAUGAGAAUUGGGUUGCUAAAGUAUCUGAUUUUGGGCUCUCAAAAACUGGUCCAAACAUGGAAAAUGGUCAUGUUAGUACUGUUGUGAAAGGAAGUUUUGGUUACUUGGAUCCUGAAUACUUCAAGAGACAACAACUAACUGAGAAAUCCGACGUAUAUUCCUUUGGGGUUGUCCUGUUUGAGGUCUUGUGUGCAAGGCCUGCUCUCAAUCCUAGCCUUCCAAAGGAACAAGUUAGUCUUGGCGAUUGGGCGCUUCAUUGUCAACGAAAAGGGAUGCUAGAGGACAUCAUUGAUCCUCAUCUCAAGGGGAAGAUCAGCCCAGAAUGCCUGAAAAAGUUUGCUGAUACAGCUGAGAAGUGCUUGGCUGAUCACGGAUUCAAUCGUCCUUCCAUGGGUGAUGUGCUGUGGAAUCUUGAGUUUUGUCUUCAGUUGGAAGAUGACCCAGAUGGUUCUUCUAGACAUGGUCAUGGUGGUUCACAGAGUGAGGGAAGCAGAACUACUUCUGAAGUAGCAAACCAUAACAAUAACAUGGCUAUUCAUUACAAUAACCUUGGCCUUGAAGCGAAUGGGGAAUCUGACGACUCAGGUGCUAUCUUCUCUCAGAUUGUCAAUCCGAAAGGGCGAUAAUUGAAGAAUGAAAAUAAUUAAAACAAACCAACCAGUUUUGAGGGUGAUCAUAUGUUGUUUGUAUUGUGUUGAGUACCUUAUAUUCUAUUCCUUAAUCUGUUUUUUCUUCAUUUAUGUAUUGGAUAGGCCAUAUAGAAAGUUCAUACAAGCUUGUAAGCUAUCUAAGCAAAAAUCAA